AUGACUGCUGCUGAGACGGAGGUGUCAGAGCUUGUGCUGCAUUUCCUGGGACAGCCGAAAGUUGUGCGUGACGAGGUGUUGCUGCAGGUGGUGCAGCAUUUCACCCGUUAUCUGACCUCUGGUCUCGGCAGCGACGUGAGCCAUCUGCCUUUGAGAUAUCUGCCACCUGGCAAUGUUCACGAGCUCUGGCUGCAAUUCUGCUCGGAGCACGGUGAGACCACCGCGAGCUACGCCACAUUCCACAAGGCAUAUAAAGACGUGUCGCAUGUCCUGAAGUUCCGCGCGAAAGGCGAAUUCUCGGAGUGCGAUGAGUGCGAGAUUCUCAAGAAGGCCAUCAAGGAAGCCCCAAAGCAUGACAUGCAGAAAGUCCUCGCGGCUACGACGGACCUGAAGAAGCACUACUCCGAUGUUCAGAGGUGCCGCGACCUCGAGGAGACCUUGCGGACAAUUCCGCCGGGCUCAUCGAAGCCCGUCCUGCUGAUAAUCACGGAUGGGAUGGAUCAGGCCCAUUGGAGAGUUCCAAGGCUUCCGAACUUUCGUGCCGGCAAGGCUUUCUCUUCGCCUGGGCUCUCGCGGCCGAAAUGCAUAGUCCAGGGCCUAUGGAUCUUUUUCUUUGGAGUCCACUUCCUCAUCGGAGACAAAGUUCAACCCCACGAUUCUUCCUUCAUCAUCGAGGCGGUUGCCAGGGGAUUGGAAAAAAUCCGGCAGACGGCGAGAGACCGUGGUAUACAAGUCCCCGAUGAAUGCUUGAUAUUCUGCGACAAUUGUAGUAGAGAAAAUAAAAAUAAUUUUUUACUUCUCUACGUGGCGACAUUAGUCGCCCGGGGCGGCUUCAAGAUGACAGGACUACUUUUUCACUUGAAAGGGCAUACACAUAACGUAUUAGACCAACUCUUCGGCUUGGUGGCCCGUGCUUUUCAGCACAUCGACACCUUGGAAGACAUUUACAGUGUUGCCACAGCCAUCCGCACGAUUCUUGAGCGGCCCUCGCUGAAAAACUUCCUCGGCGAUGUGCCAGUGUCUGUCGAUAUUCUCGAAGGCUGCAGGAACUGGGCUGCUUACUUUGAUGAAAUGGAUGUUCGCCUUGAAGGCGGAUUGCUAGGCAGCUCCAACCACUGCUUCCUGUUCCUUUACCGGAAAGACUUGCCACACGAUGUUCAGCAGAGAGUGCUGCCGCUGCGAAACAAGCGAAAUCAACUGGUGCCGGGAUAUCUUCCACACCCCCUUGAUGUGGUUCUAUUGCAAAAGCAGUUUCUUUGGGAGAGUUCCAUGUCCGCAGAACCAAAAGUCACGAUUCCAUUUGGAUUGGCUCGUGCUUUUCGGACACAGCACGGCUGUGUGCCUUUGCUUCUGCGUCCUACAAAUGAACCCAUGACGGAGUCCUGGCUCAACCUGGCCUUAGCCUUGCUGAAGUAUUACCCUGCAGACCAAAUGCAAAGGACGGUUGUUUACCUGCAGCAUUUGGCUGGUGGCCGACGGGGCAUCGAUACGAAGUUUCCGCGACUGGGCUGGUGGGAAUCCCUGCAGGGUAGACCGGACGUGGAAAACGCCCUUGGAGUUUCAAUAGAGCCGCGGCACCUGCGGACCCUCAUUCCGGUCAUCGAGACGCGGGUGGUUGGGGCGCCGGCCCGCCGAGCUCCCCGAGCGCGGUGA